AGGGGGAGGCGGCGAGCCGGCUGUGGAAGGGCAGCGGCGCCGCCUCCGCGAUAAAUCCUCGCUGGCCAGUGCCAGGCUCAAUAUGGCUUCACGGAUGCACUUGUGACAUUUCCCAAACAUAUAUUCGCUACAAUCCCAGAGGUUGUAGCAUGAGCCUGGGAACAUGCCUAUCCAGGCCCCCCAGUGGACCGAAUUCUUGUCGUGUCCCAUCUGCUGCCAUGAGUUUGACAGUGGACAGCGUGGCCCCAUCAGCCUCGGGUGUGGUCACACUGUGUGCCGCGCCUGUCUGGCCAAGCUACAGCGCAACCAGUGCCCCUAUGACCAGACUGUAAUGCGACUGGAACUGGACCAGCUUCCAGUCAAUGGCGCACUGCUGUCCCUGGUGGGGGCCGGAAGCACUGUGGAGGAGGGGGACUUGCCCCCUCCUCCACCAGUGCCUGCCUCCCAUACCACUAACUACCUCAUGGCAGUCAAGUGUAUCAAGGAAUUGGCACUCUUUCUAAAGCCCUUUUCUGGCUCGGGCACCAAUGGCUCCACCUCACUCCUAUCCCGGCCAAUGCAGAGGAAGCUGGUGACCCUCAUCAACUGCCAGCUGGUGGAGGACGAAGGGCGAGCCAGGGCAGUGCGGGCUGCACGCUCCCUGGGUGAGAGGACUGUCACUGAGCUCAUCCUUCAGCACCAGAACCACCAGCAGCUCUCAGCCAACCUGUGGGCAGCUGUGCGGGCUAGAGGGUGUCAAUUCCUCGGCCCUGCCAUGCAGGAGGAGGUGCUGAAGUUGGUUCUGCUGGCCCUGGAGGAUGGCUCAGCUCUGUCCAGAAAGGUGCUGGUGAUGUUUGUUGUGCAGCGGCUGGAGCCACACUUCCCACAGGCUUCCAAGACCAGCAUCGGACAUGUGGUGCAACUGCUUUACCGAGCCUCCUGCUUUAAGGUAUCAAAGAGAGAAGGAGAUUCAUCCCUCAUGCAGCUGAAGGAGGAGUUCCGCACUUAUGAGGCACUGCGGCGAGAGCAUGAUGCCCAGAUAGUCCAGAUUGCCACUGAAGCUGGACUAAGGAUUGCCCCAGACCAGUGGUCCUCGCUGCUGUAUGGAGAUACUGCGCACAAGUCACACAUGCAAUCCAUCAUUGACAAGUUACAGACCCCACAAUCCUUUGGGCAGUCAGUGCAGGAGUUAGUGAUAGCUCUGCAGCGCACUGGGGACCCUGGACAAUUGUCAUCCCUGCGACCUCAGUUGGAGCUGUUGGCAUCCCUGGACCCAGCCCCCGAUGCACCACCACCAGGAUGGAAGCCGUGUGCAGCAGCCAUGGAGGCAGUGCGGGCAGUGGUAACUGGCCUCGUGCACUUCAUCCAGCACCAUGGCAACCGCAAGCUACCAGAUGCCCACCAUCCCCACAAUGCCAAAUACAAGACCAGCAUGUGCCGGGACCUCACUCAACGUGGUGGUUGUCCCCGUGGUAACAACUGUACCUUUGCCCAUUCAGAGGAGGAGCUAGAAAAGUACCGCAAUCGCAGCCGCAAACAUGGCAAAGGCUUGGCUCCUCCCAUAGCUGCUCCAGCCCUCAAGACCCCAUCACAGCACCUCACUGUUCCCACAGCACCUUUAACACCCCACCCUCCAGCUGGAGUAGAAGCCAAGAAUGGGGAGCAUCCACCUGCUGCUGGUCCUGUGGCUAAAGUCAGUGCAGUUGAUGAAUUGCUUCCAGUUGGAGAUCUACAACCACCAGCUGCUCCACUCCCCUUUGAAGCCCAUAAGUUUGUACACCUGCCAACCCACACACAGUCCUUGCCUGUACUUCCUGCCCCCACCCCCACCCCAGCCAUCAUCCAACCUGCUCUUGCUCCAACACCAUUCCACCCAGCCCCAGUGGCAGAGUACACUUAUGGUUCCUUUCACUGUCAACCUCCAGUGUUUGCUCAGCCAGCUCCUCCCCAGCAGCCCCUUCCAUCAGCUCCUGCAGCAGCUGUAUUCCCUGGCCAGGCAGCAGCCAUUGUGCCAGACUUGUAUGGUGGAAAUCCCCCAACCAUGCUCCUUAACACGGCUCCAGUGUACAACGUGACGGGGCACACCAACGAGUUUUGCAUCCCCAUUGCCAACACCAAGCCCACCAACUCUGGCCUCCACCCAUUGGUCUCCUGCUGGCCAGACACCAGUUGUGCUGCCUUCUGUGUCACUACCUCCCCUGCUACCACCACCUUGGCCCCAGCCUCUAUCAUGGCCUCUAAAUCCAUGGAGGAAUUAAAGGAGAGGAAGGAAGCCAUCAUGAAUCAGCUGGAGACCAUCGUGGGCAAGGAGGCCACACACCAAGUAGCCACACGAAUUGCCAAUGGGGAGGAGCCCAACAAGCCUCAGGAAUUCACUUCCACCUACAGCAUCUGGACCUCUGGGGCAGACUUCUACAUAGCACCUAAGGGUCUUGAGAAGCCAUACGAGCCUGCUGCCGGUUACCGAACCUUUGCUGCACGCAAAGAGGAGGGGAAAGGCAAGGAUGAUUUUAUCCCAUUUGAUCCUCCUUUGGUGAGUCGGUUCGGACCAAUCUCUCGCAUGUCCCGCACUGUCAUCCAGCCGGCCAACCCCAUCCAGUCCUCAGUCAGCAGUGCUACCGAGACCACUACCACUCCUACUGUGAGGCGUCCAGUGCCUGCCAUUUCCCCUAUGCCCCAGAUGCUGUAUCAGCCGGGUGGGUACACAGUAGGAGUGAUGACGUGCAUUCCUGCCUCCCUGGAGCACAUGAACACCAUGGGCCACGGCAUUGUAGAUCCACUCUUCACGCAGCUGGACUCCUCAGGAAUCCGGGCCGUUUCUGCAGACCCAGCCCAACAGGAAUGUUUGAGGCAACAAUUUGCAGCCACCAGAGAAGGGAUGGAUGCCAUAGUGCUGGAUGAAAAGAGAAUGGCAGAGUUGCAGGAAGUGCGUCUGAAGGAAGAGCUGAGUCUGGUGAUGAACAGAAUUGAGGUCAAGCGGAAGGAGAUGGAAAGCAAGGCAGCCUCUCAGGACUCUUCUGAGAAGGACCUUGGGGACUUUGAAAAGAAUUGGAAGUUUGAUUUUGAGGAUGAGAAAGAGUGACAGGUGAUGAGGUGAGGUGCAGUACCUAUUCCUUGCUGCUACUAAGAUUGGUAAGUCCUGCUCCUACCCUUGUUGCUCCCUGCUAGCUGUGAUCUGAGUGAGGCCUUGCCCUCUGCUGUCUGUUGCCCAAGUGAGGGUCCUACAGGUGAAAGUGUGCUGUAUUAGGACCAGAUAAUCAAAUAUACAAAGGAAGGGCAAGGAUUUUUUAGUGAAGAUUUAUGCAACUUGUAUAUUUUUUUUGUGGAUGGGCUAAUCAGGGGUGAAAUGAAUUGAGUUGUGCAGUGUUUUGCUGCUACCAAGCACUCUAAACCAAGAGAUAGAUAUUUAAGGAAAGUGAAUGAAAGUAUGGAUUGCAGUUUUUAAUGGACUGCUUGUCACUUGUUAUGGAAGCACAUGGUCACAUAAAUUUUGUGCUCUUAUCUUUUUGUGGAGCUCUUUGGAAAACUGGUUGACAUUUCAUGGUGCCAGACAUCAGGUGCUUCUCUGAACUUUUGCAUCUCUUUUAAUAGAUAUUUUAUUUUCAGUCUUAUCUAUCUGGUUUGAUAUCCCUAAAGCCCUCAGACAUGCAGGAGGAUGCUUAUAUAUAUAUAUAUAUAUAUAUAUAUAUAUAUAUAUAUAUAUAUAUAUAUAUAUAUAUAUAUAUAUAUAUAUAUAUAUAUAUACACACACACACACACACACACACACACACACACACACACACACACACACACACACACACACACACACACACACAUCAUAUAGAGGUGAGGCUUGCCUGAUAAAUGUACAAGGAGUAUUAUAGCACUGAGAGUUAGUGAUUAAGAGGCAGUGGUCUGUUUAAAUCUCAAGCCAUAUGCCUUGAGACAUUGUUCCCAUUACAGCACAACAGCAGUCUGAGAGAAAACUGGGUAGUUAAUACACAUUUUAAUACUUUCAAGAGAGUAUAUAUUACAUGUACUCUUUACCUAGGAUUCAGUGAAUGUCAUGUCCUCCAACAGUUGUUUGAUUGGUUGUGUGUUGAUGUGUUGGUGUGGUAUGUAUUGAAUCACCUCAGUGAUCAGUGAUAACCUUCAGACCAACAGGCUCAGGUCAUAGGCAGUGUGUCAUCUGUGUAUUGUGAAAGUUCAGAAUGGUUGCAAAGGCACAAGCUUUCUGUCAGCAGCACUCUUCUCUGCAUAGAUCUCGAAUAUACUGGCAAACUAAUCAACAGAUGACUUAUCCUCAGUUUAGAAGUGUAGGAGUGGAUGCCUAAGAGGAAUGUUUGUUGUCAUGAUUGUCAUGAUUGGAAUUGAGUCCAGUGCAAAAUUUUUGAUGAGUUUCUUUAGUUUUCUUACAAAGCUGAGGUGCCAGAUGCAGUUCUGGCAAGGCUCAGUAUCAUUGCUGGCUAAGCUUUGAGGGAUGUUGCCAACACUGCAUAUAUGCUUGACAUUGUUCAAUAUUCUCAUAGAAGUAUUUACAUAAAUUGAUAUUUAUAUUUAAAUAUUCAAAAAUUCUAUGAAGGUUUUUAUUAAUUUAGUCCAUUGAUGUUUGAAUCAGAUAAAUUUUUAAGGUCUUUUGAUGAUAUAUCUCUAGUGUGGACUACUUGUAUUUCCUUUGCAUCUUCAGUUUUGUGUCUGCUUCAUCUUGCUAUCUGUGGUCUGUCAGAAAGAAUUUGAACUUCAAAUGUGAAUGUACAGUGAGCCCUAAACACCCACAUCCACAUCAGGAGACUUUGUCCCUCGGAGGUAUUGAAUUUGUUGAAUUCAAGAGGGUUGUGUGUUGUUUUGCCUUCCUCAAAAUCCUGCAGCUCUUUGUCAAUUUGUAAAUAUUUGUUUACUCAUCAGUGUGAUAUAAACAGACUGUGUUUAAAGUAUUAAAAACUGAAACAUCAUAUAAUGAAGAUAAAAGGUUGUAGCAUUUCUCACUGUUCAACAUAGCUCUUGAUUAGUGUAAAACAGUGCUGAUGGAUACAAGAGUUUCUUGGUUAUGGGAAUAAUGCACAAGAGAAAUAUGCAAUCCCAUUGUUUCAAUAGAACACUGAUGCCUUCACUCCAUUGAACUGCUUUGUCUGUUUUUUUUUCCUUAGUAGUUUUCACAACCCAUUUUCUGACAGAGUAACUUGUAAUAAUGCCAAUACAGAGUAGUGAGCAGAUUAAUAAUUGUACAAAUUUCACACUGCAGUUAGGUAAAAGCUUUUUAUUAUUAAGGUUCUAUGUAAAUGCCCAAAUUGUCUAGUGUACAAGUUUGUAAAAUGUUUAUAUUUUUGUAUUUAUUGUCUCCCGCUGACAGAUGGAACUCAUCCUCUGUGCAGAUGAACAAGUGGUCUGCCCAUUUAGUUAGCAUAAUGAUGGACAGACUUACUUUUCCCUUUUGUUAGUAUUAGCAAUCUAUUGUAAUCCACUUGGCAAGGAAAAGAACCCAACUCUUUCUAAACACUUCUGCAUCUGUCUCCCAUGAAUGAAGGAGCUAGUUUGUGUUGUUCGUAUUCCUUGCUGCUAUUUAAUCAUUGGUACAGAUUUUGACUGGAAUACACAUCAAGAACUUUCCAGCUUCAAUUCUGUGCCGUAAUAUGUAAUAAGAAAAAAUAAGACAAGUGGAUCAUUAAUAAUCUUGCCUGUGUUGUCUUAUAUUAGGGAGUUGUUCCUGGCAUUAAAAUGAAUGACUUAAGUAAAUGUAUGCCAUGUCAAGACUCGUAAUUUUGAUAACAUUUCAUGCCACACUUUUAUCACAUUUUUCUUAGCUGGACAAGUCUGAAGUGUAUUCUGUCUGUACAUCUGUGGUCUCUGGUUCUCCAUAUUCAGUCAGGACACCCUUGUAGACCUCAGUAGUCAAGGAAGCAGACAGGUGCCACAUCAGGCUGAGGUCAUGUGACAAUGUAUUUUAUGCAGUAGGUACUGAAGGGUGCCUAAAUUUAUCUUGUUAAUCAAUUUUCAUCUAAUUCUAUCACCUUCCAUAUAUAUAUAUAUAUAUAUAUAUAUAUAUAUAUAUAUAUAUAUAUAUAUAUAUAUAUAUAUAUAUAUAUAUAUAUAUAUAUAUAUAUAUAAAAUACACAUCCACUCUAUAUGUACAAAAGGCAGACUGACUUUUUACACCUACUGGAGAACUCGUUAGUAUUGUGGCUGGACAUUGACCUUACUGAGAUUGCCUUUCUCAGUUACAUUUCAUCAUGUGAUGCCUUUCAUGCCAUGAUCAAAGAUGAUCGUUGAAAGUAUUACACUUUAUUUUUUAUUUAUUUAUUUACUUAUUUAUUAUUAUUUUUUUUAUUUAUUUAUUUUUUUUUUUUUUGCAAAAGCUUAAAAUUAUUCAAAGAAAGAGUACUGAAAUACAGACAUGGCCAUAUUCAGCCACACAAUAUUAACUUUAGUUUAUUUGUUAUGUAAAGCUGUUGCUUUGCCAUGCAUUGGCAUAUUGCCUUGUCAUCUGUUAUAUCUAUCAAAGUUUAGUCAAACAGCACAAGUUGUACAAAUUUAAGCUAAAACAUGACACAAAUAUUCAGCCUGUUAAGACUUCAGACAUUUAUUUUCAUUGCAUAUUCUAGAUUCCAUCUUGGCCUUGUAAAAGUUUCUGUAUUACCAGCAGACUGCUGUUGUAACAUUUAGCUCCAAAAAAUAAGGCAGGGAAUGUAGAGGAUCACACAUCAAAACUGUUGUGGCACCCCUUGGUACCCAUGCAGAUUGUUAAGCAGGAGGUUCAUGGGGGUCUGCUUUCCCCCCCUCCCCACACACACACACACACACACACACACACACACACACACACACACACACACACACACACACACACACACAUACACUUGUUUUCUUCAGUAGCUGAAGACAAACUGGAUACUGCUGAGAUACAUUUUGAGUCACAAUAUGAAGAAUGUAAUUUACAGUAUGUUAUGCAAUGGGACAGAGCAAGGCAAGUGAUAGCUGAUGUGAUAGAGAGAAAGAAUCAAUUGUAAACACUUGAACUAGAAACACAAAGAUGGCUGGACCUUUUGUGCUUCAGUUUAAAGGUAGUCAUAAUUGAUUUAUAUUGUUGAGGUGGGGAGCUUAAGUUGCGUUGCUCUGUCUCCCUCAUCAAUGAUUUGGCUUAUAAUUAUAAUCAUGUCAUGAGAUAUAGAUACACAUUGUAGAGACAAAGUAUUCACUGCCUCUGGAAUUAAUUGUCCAUCAUCUGUGAAUUAAUGUUUACCAUGAUAAAUGCCUUGUGUGUGUUUCAUAUUGGAAUAGUUUGUAUAUUAUUGUACAAUAGAGAAAAGUUAUUGGAGCACCAUUGUAGCCAAACACACUUCAUGAAAGUGUGGCCUUGGCAACACUGGUAGUUUGCUGCUGAGCUUCUUCCCAGUAGUAUUGUGCUGCUGUCAAGGGUGGAGGGCAAGCUUCUUGGACUGAUCAGACCAUUUCUUCUAUGAAUAGUAAUUUUUUUUCUCUCUGUAAUUUACUUACAAUUUCUCAUUGUUUUGGAUUCAAAUACAAUAUAGCUUAGUUCUGAUCAAUUUUUUGCUAUGGGCUGAAGCUGAAUGUCCCAGUGUAUCAGACUACAUUCAAGUAUGUAAAUGAGUUUUUAAGUUUCUUUGUUUUUAAAUUAUUUAAAUUUUCUCUUAAUUGACAAUUGUCUCACUUGAGAAAGAAAUUUGAGUGUUGGAUGGCCCUACAAACCUUGGCAGCCACUUCAGGGGGAAGAAGCCCAAAAUGCUGUUGCUGAGGACAUAUAAUCCCUGGGAACUACGUUACCUGGCGAGAUGAGUCCAAAUUAUGUACAUGAACAUUGAGCAAGAUGAUGUGUAAGUCACUGGGUCUUGAAAGGCAAGUGUUAGGGGACACAUCAGCUGGUACUUCAUCUGCCAGUAAUUCAACAAGCUUUUCUGCAGUGCUCCACUGAAAGCAAAAAAAUAUAAGUGAAGUUACCAUAGCAGAUAUAAGAUCAGUCUUCGUGUAUUGUAACACUCAUCUUGCUCUUCUCAUGGUAUUAAGCCUAUAUUAGGAAUUGCCAAAUUGAUUAAAAGUUUAUAGCUUUUAUUGAUUAUAGAUUAAUUAUUUACUGUGUAUGUAUGAAUUAUCUACUUCCCAUGGGAAGCUUUUUUUUCUGCAAACUGCAAAUUCUAUUAUGAAAUCCUUUCUAUGGGUUGGUGUAGAAUUAUAUCAUUCUUUUCUAACAGAUAAUGUACAUGUUGGAAGUGCAUAACAAAUUAUUAAAUAGUGGAGUAUGGAAGUCCUUUGUUAGCAGAUCCUGUAGAGAGCUGCUGUGAAGUCAUGUUUCUUGUAAAAUGUUUGUAGGUGAAAAUAUUUUUUAUUUUAGCAGUCAUGUCUGGUCUGGUCAGCAUUGCACUAAGCUGCAGGGAGAAUAGAAAGAACUAAGGUUUAGUAUCACAAACCUAUGUUAUCACUAGCACAUUAAUGGGUUUUAACUCUUGAGAUCUGCUUCUUAAGUUCUCAAAUAUAUGGAUGUACCAGCAAGUGCAUACCAUUAUCCUUGCUCCACUGUAGCUACAUUUGUGAUUUCUUGGUGUGUUUUCUGUCUUGGCAUCUGUAGGAAGCCAUGUUACAUCCAGGCAUCUUUUUUGGUGUUUGUCUUGGCCAAGGUCUGCACGGCUUGUUAGGUCUUGUUCCUCCUGGCCAAGUUCUAAUGAUUACCAGUCCUUGUCCUUGGCUUUGUCAAUAAUAUCCUCUUUAAGAUGAGCAUCAUGCCUAGUGGGAUAAUAUUUUGAUUUAUUAAAAGUUCCAGUCAUGCAGAUGCUUUUGUUAAGAGACAUUGUCGACAUGUAGUUUUAGGCAAAUUACAAUGACAAGAUGAACAGCUUCCAUCUCAUGAAUGAACACUUAUAUUGCUUGUUAGUGUAAAAACACAGAGAAAGUUCAUUAUUAUUUUAAAGAAAAUUCAAAUGCUAAUUUCACUAUCCAAAUUUUAGUAAUUUAUUUAUUUUUAUGAUUUUUUGUCAGGUUUGGUAAGUAGCUUCUUUGAAGACUAUUAUUUGGUUUAUAUAUACUGGAAUAAUCUCUAUUGAGUGUUCUUGGUGUUGGGGUGUGGAACAUUCAUCUUGUCAUGGUGCUUUUGAGAACCAGAGAUGCAGCCUGACGACAUCAGAAUCCAUUGGUGGUACAACUUAGUAUAUAUACUAAGUUACCCUCCGUGCUGCCUGUUAGGGAACACUGUUCCUACACACAAGCUUUUGUAAUUUGUAAAUCAGACUGUUAUCAGAUAAUCUUGUUAAAAAAAUUAUCUCAACUAUGAUACAAGUGCAAUGAAUGAAGUUAAUACCAGUCUUAGCAAUUUUCUGUGAAGUAAAACACCAUGUGAGAACUCAACUCCUGUCACUGAGGACAUUUGGUUCUUUAUCAUAAUGGAUGAAAUGGGAGAAGAGUGUAAAAUAAUUACAAGCAACUUGAAUCUUGGGCUAGAUGGGCAAGCAAGUUUUAGUUUAGAAUAAUGAACAACCAGUAAUGUAGAUAGCAUAUUAGUUGAAAAAGGAUGCUACAUUCAAAGAGGAUUUUGACUUCGUCAAGUUGGAUUGCCCCAACAUAGAACUUACCUCUGUUCUCCCAAAUAAAGUAUUUGCUUUUAUCUGAACCAAGAUAAAACCAUAGUAUGGUAUAAACAACUCAAGGAUGCUCUACAUUCUGGCCUUACCUAGUGGCGUAGACAACUUUUGUAUUUACCAUGAAUACACAUAUUCUCCCAGUGACUAAGUAAAAAAAAAAAUUUACAAUGAUGCUUCUCACAAGGUACGUAACUGGUAGGGAUGUACGUUUUCUACUGUCUCACAAUGGGACAGUAGUGAAUGAGGAUCUGUCAGGCUGGAUCUCUGGUGGGGAAGGUUAGGCUCUCACAAUGAGAACUGAGCGGGGCUGUCCGUGCCCCACAGUGCCCUGCCAUGGCUGCCUCUUAUUGGACUGUUCUCAUGUCCUGUAAAACUCUCUGGCUCUAUUUUGGAGCAGAUUAUGGACUCCACUUCUCUGUUUUAGGAGGGACCACGGCCAUCUUGCUUCAUGUACAGCCACUGGGUCUUGAUCUUUUGUAGGAUGGAGAGGGAUUUUUACUUUUUUAUAUUCCCAGUGUUACUCCUGAGCCUGGUUGAGGGCAAGAAGGUAAAGCACUAAGUGGAGGCCAUUUUUUAAAAAUCCAACCAUGUUGAGUGACAGGUGUCUCCUCUGGGGCUGGGCAGCUCCCCCUCUGAUGUUAGCAUGUUGCACAUGUAUCGUUACGAUUAUAUUAAUCAAUAUGUCAUUGUACUUUGCCCAACAAUAAAACUCAUGUGAACUGUAA